UUUUUUUCGCAGUCAAUUAGUUUUAUUAAGUUAAUCAUAUAGGUAAAGACUAUAAGACGCACCAAACAACAAUGAAGAUUUUCUUCAGCUUCGCGCUUCUAAUAGCCGCAGUUUCUGCGUCUACAAUAAAAACAGAUACACUUUCACAAGACUUCAUCGAUCUGAUCAACCGAAAACAGUCUAACUGGGUGGCCGGCCGCAAUUUCCCCGAAAACACAACUAAUGAGUACCUGUACAAACUAAAUGGAUUCCUUGGUCUCCACCCGGACCCUAACUACAAACCCAAGAAAGUUGUUCACAAAGUAAAUCUUCAAGAGAUUCCUGACACUUUCGACGCUAGAACAAAAUGGCCCAACUGUGAAUCUUUGAACAGAAUAAGAAACCAAGGAGCGUGUGGUUCUUGUUGGGCAUUCGCGUCUGUUGAGUCGAUGUCCGACAGAAUCUGCAUCCAUUCUUCUGGAUCUACCGAAUUCUUCUUUUCGGCUGAAGAUCUCCUCUCAUGCUGCACUAGUUGCGGAGACUGUGGAGGCGGUUACAUGAUGGCGGCUCUUGAUUUUUACAUUAAUCAAGGUCUGGUUUCCGGUGGUGACGUAAAUUCUAAUGAAGGUUGCAGACCGUACACUUCAGAUGCCUUUAGUGACGGUGACACACCAGCAUGCAGCGCGAGUUGUCGUAGUGGUUAUUCGACGAGCUACAGCGCGGAUAAACAUUACGGGAGCGACGAUUACGUCGUGAGCAGUGACAUUGACCAAAUUCAGUAUGAAGUUAUGACUAAUGGACCUCUAAUUGUCAAUUUUGAGGUAUUCCAAGAUUUUUACAACUAUAAGUCGGGUGUGUAUAGUUACGUAAGCGGAAACAGUGUUGGGUAUCAUGUGGUUAAGAUUGUCGGAUGGGGCACUGAAAGUGGAGUUCCUUACUGGCUGAUUGCUAAUUCUUGGGGAGCUGAUUGGGGAGACCACGGAUUUUUCAAAAUGCGCCGUGGAUACAACGAGUGCGGUAUUGAAUAUAAUCCGUAUGCUGUUUUGCCAAAAUUGUAAAAGUUAUGGAUAUUUUUUGAUAGUUAUUAAACUGUUUGAUGCAUUUGUAAAAAUUAUAAAAUUGUUUCAUGUUACGGUAUGUUGUAAAGUGUGCAGUAAAGUAUAUAACAAGAAAUGCAAAA